AUGACUAGCAGUAUUAGCGACGGCACGAAUUCGAAUAGCACCUGGCUUAUCGAAGGCAAGCGUGUGGUGCUCCAGGGCCUAAAGGCCGCAUCCCACCUAAACGGCAAAAAGGGCGUCGUGAUCCGAGACCCGAUCAUAGAAGCUGCUGGCAGAUAUAAAAUCCAGCUCUCAUCAUCUUCUUUGUCAGAUGAUGAUGGCGAGGGAAAUAAAGGCGGUGCCAUUGCCAUGAGCGUGAAACCUGUCAACCUAGUUCCGCUUGAUCUUCCUCAGGGAGCAGCAGCCGAGGAUGCCGAUAUGGAUGCUGCUGCUGCUGAGCCACUGGCAUUGACAGCGCAAUCAGCUGCCGCGGCACCUCGCCAAAAGAAGUACCGGCCAAAGGUAUACAUGUCCGCCCGACCUGGAGCCUACAAGGCCAGUUACGAUUGGAGGGCCGUCCUACCAGGUCAGCCGAUCCCGAGGGGUAUGGAGGUUAUCAUGGCGCUAACUUCUUCUUCGAAAGAUGGUGAAGGUGACAACCGUGCCGCCGGUGGUAACAACAGUGACAACAAUAGCCAAGACGAUGAAGUACAACCAACCCUGGCACGAAUACCGAGGGCAUGGAAGCUCGACGUGAGGGUCCGACUACAAGUAGGUACUGGUACAAGUUCUUAUGAUAUGGUGCGGUGCGAAGUCGAGCGAACCACGACGAUGGCCGACGUAAAAACGGCGGUCCUUGCAGGGAUGCGCCAAAAGAAGUUGGUUGGCAAUGAUGCCAACACAAAUACAAUUCUGGUACCGGUACUACUUUUCGUGGAUGACGAGCCAUGGGGUGGUACCGACGAUGAGACCGUGGAAACAGCCAUGCUGUUUGGAAAACAAGUCUCUUGCCAAUACAAGAAGGUGUAG